AUGGCUAGCAGGGAAGACGUGCGAGCAGGGGCCGAAAUCGUUCGUGGUAAGGAAGCCUGUGGUAGAUUUUCAGAGGAGCUGAUGAAAGAGUUUGGAUUCCCUAGUGAUGUUUUUCCAACAGGAGCAGGAGAGUUGGAAGAAUGUGGGAGGGUGAGAGGCACAGGCUUUGUGUGGUGGAAAUGCAAAGCCCCCUACGAACACUUCAAUGUAGCAACCAAUUCCAAGGCAAGUUAUGCCGCAGAGACCACCGCAUAUAUGGAGAAGGGGAUGAUGAAGAAGAUCACAGGUGUGAAGGCCAAGCAGUUUAUUCUAACGGUGUCCAUAGUUGAGAUGUCUAUUCAAGGCAACAAGAUCACCUUCAAGACAGCCAUGGGGGUUGGCAGGUCCUUCCCCCUUUCAUCUUUCAUGAAUGAAGAAGAAAAAAGGACUUAUCUCAAACAGAAUGGAACAGCAAAGUAA